UUUUCUGUCAGUUCAGCAAACAUGUUUUGCUAAUUUUGUAAUUGAUUGUGCAAGGAAAGCGGGGAAAAGUUAUUUUCUAAUCUUAAAUCAUUGUUGUGACGACUUUGGAGAGUAUAAUCCAACCCUUAAACUACAAAUGCAUCCAAGACGAACCUAAACCGUGCUGGAAUUCCGGAGCUGUUGUUGUUGUUCAUCUAUCCAGUUGGGAGAUGUGGUAUGCAGUCAUAACCCGUUUUCUCCGGAGGCGAUUAGUUUUGGCUAUCAUCUUCUGCCUGUCUUUCACCUACUGCAUGGUUCGAUUGAUUGGUAAUAACGUUUCACUGAACCUGGACAGCGAUCUGUUUCAAACGCUUCAGAGGGAUAAGCCCAUCAUCUGGACCAGCCAGGACGCGCUGGACGAGCGGAACAGAUCCAACAACCUAUCGGUCAGCUGCCGCAAUUCGGUCCAGGGAAAGGCCCUGAUAGUGGACGAUCGAGGCUACGUUUGCAGCAGAUCGGAACUCCUGUGGACCGGAUGCUGCAAUGUGGAGGUAGAGAGCACCAAACUGUUCCACUGUGACACCUGCCGGCCGAGCAAUUGUUGUGCUAUUUACGAGUACUGUGUCUCGUGUUGUAUGCAUCCCGACAGGAAAACCCUUUUGGAGAAAGUGCUAGCCAAAGCCAGUGGAAGGCAGAUUGCUGUCUAUUCUACGGUCAAUGACCAAUACGAGCUGUGUUUGACCAAAUGUCGCACCAAUUCUCACUCUGUGCAAAACGAAAAUAAAUAUCGUGAUCCAAAACUUAAACACUGUUACGGUGAGACUGAAGAGCAGAACCUUAACACAGAUGGGAACAGAAGUAGUGGUGCAGGCAAUAUCGCACUAGAUACCAAUGAUAAUAGUAAUCGUUUAUCCAUAAGUGGUUGAUAAGGAACGAUGUGUUGAUGAUGAUUUGACAGAAGAAACCUGUGUACAAUGAUAAGAAUCUUGCUGAUAAACUUAAUGUGAUGGAA